GCAAGAUAACCGGAAAGCCAACAGGGAGUAGUGUUGGUCGCUCGUCGCAAUCACGGACGACAACAAUAUCUGCCCUUGCCACCGCUUGCGUUGCGUACACUCAUGUCCGUCCUGGUUCCAAUCCCUCUGUGCAAAGUAGAAACACGCUCACUCAUCACUGCUUCGCUACUGCUGUUAAUUAGUUCCACACAAGAGAGGAACGGCCGGCCAGCUAGGAGCUAGAGCUAGCCAUGGACGGAGAUGGCGCGGCGGUGCUCCGGGAGGUCUCGCUCUCGCCGUGGAGCGUGCUACUAGGCGGGGCGGCGGCCGUGCUGCUCCUGUGGUUGGCGGCGCAGGUGCUGGAGUGGGCCUGGUGGGCGCCCCGGCGCAUGAACCGUGCCCUGAGAGCGCAGGGCCUGAGAGGCACCCAGUACCGCCUCCUCUGGGGCGAUCUCAUGGAGGACCAGCGUCUCAUCGCGGCGGCCAAAACUAGGCCCGUCUCCGUGGAUCGACCACACGACAUCCUCCCUCGCGUCGCGCCUCUCCUUCACCACGCCAUCCAGGAGCACGGUAAGGUCUCGUUUACAUGGUUCGGGCCGACCCCAAGAGUUGUAAUCACCGAUCCUGAGCUUGCCCGGGAAGUGUUGACAAAUAAGUGUGGCGACUUCACGAAAUCGAUGCUGUCUCCUCUCUCAAAGUUGCUGGUUGCUGGGCUCGUGAUCCUUGACGGUGAAAAAUGGGCUAAACAUCGGAGGAUUCUUAAUCCGGCAUUCCAUGCGGAGAAGCUAAAGGGAAUGCUGCCGGCAUUCUUGGCAUGUUGCAACGAACUGGUUGACAGAUGGGAGAAACAUAUUUCAUCUUCUGUUGAACCAACCGAGCUGGAUGUGUGGCCAGAGUUCCAAAAUUUAUCAGGAGAUGUAAUCUCAAGAGCUGCAUUCGGUGUUGGUUAUGAAGAAGGGAGAAGAAUUUUCCUACUUCAGGCCGAGCAAGCUGAACGCCUUGUUCAAUCUUUCAGGAUAAAUUACAUCCCUGGCUUCUCUCUCUUGCCGACAGAAAACAAUAGAAGGAUGAAUGCAAUCGAUAGGGAGGUCAAGACGAUCCUGAGGCGCAUAAUAGAGAAGAGACAUAAGGCUGUUACGGACGGUGAAGCAACCAAGGACGACCUGCUGGGAUUGCUACUGGAGUCGAACAUGAAUUACAGUGACUCGGAUGGCAAAUCCAGCAAGGGGAUUACCGUGGAAGAGGUGAUCGGCGAGUGCAAGGUGUUCUACUUCGCAGGCAUGGAGACUACCGGUGUGCUGCUCACAUGGACAAUGGUACUGCUAAGCAUGCACCCGGAGUGGCAGGAUCGUGCCAGGGAGGAAGUCCUGCAAGUCUUUGGUGAAAACAAACCGGAUUUCAAUGGCGUGGCACGCCUAAAAGUUGUGACCAUGGUGCUGUACGAGGUGUUGCGUCUGUACCCUCCGGUGGUGGCCAUGAACCGCCGGACACACCGGGCGACGAAGCUGGGAGGCGUCACGUACCCGGCGGGAGUCAUGCUCACGACGCCCGUGAUGUUCCUGCACCGGGACCCUGCCCUCUGGGGGUCCGACGCCGGCGAGUUCAAUCCGGGGAGGUUCGCCGAGGGCGUGUCCAAGGCGUGCAGCGACCCGGGGGGCUUCGUCCCCUUCAGCUGGGGGCCGCGCGUCUGCAUCGGCCAGAACUUCGCGCUCGUGGAGGCCAAGCUGGCUCUCAGCAUGAUCCUGCAGCGCUUCGCGUUCGAGCUGUCGCCGGCGUACGUGCACGCGCCCUACACCGUCCUCACGCUGCACCCGCAGCACGGCGUUCCGCUCAGGCUGCGGCGCAGGCUAUGAAGAAUAUCAUCAGUGUGCUAUUUCCAUUCAGCAAUAAUUUCUCCAUUCAAUACCCACAGAUCGACUCUCAACCUAUACUAUACUAGAGCAUGUAAAAGCUAGCACCACGUAUAUGUAUAUAUAUACAGAUGUUGCCACUCAAUGAGUGUCAUAUGGUCAUCACAGCUUCGUCA